AUGAAGAUAAAACGUAAAACUCAGCCCUGGAAGAAAGUGAAGGGCAAAAAGAAAGCUGCAAAAAAGGAGAUAAAAGGUUGCAUUCCAAGUCUGUUGGAACAAAUAGAUGCUCUUUUACGGGAAACACAUCCUUAUGCCCUAUUGUAUCGUACUCUGCGUCAAGUGGUGAGAGACGUGCGCGAUAAGAGGGGCACCAAGGAUAUUCCUCAAUUCGGGUUAUAUUUUCAUACGAAACCGGGUACAAACAGAAAUAUCUUUGCAGCGCCCACCACAUCGGACGAAGUUGGUGCAGUAUUUAAGUCCGUUGACGGGAAUAUUCCGCCACCAGGUCAAAUCCGUAUCCAUUAUCGUGAAGAUGACGUCGGUUGUACGAAUAUUCCAAAAUUAUCACCCAUAGUGGAUGCCCUCUGCUAUCCAUUACUUUUUCCCCACGGAGAAUUAGGUUGGUCAACAGAUAUGUUUAGAUCGUGUGGUAGAAAACGGAUCACGAAAGGAGAGUUUGAUUGCUAUCGUUUAAUGAGUCGCCUCAAUCAAUUCAAUCCGAUUAUUCUUUGUGGUCGACUAACUCAACAGUACAUCGUUAACAAAUAUGUGGAAUUGGAAGGUGAUAGGUUGCAUUAUUUGCGCACUCACCAGGUAAAUCUACGCGCGGAUAGCUACGUUGGACUUCAGGACUACGUCGCACGUAAAGUAACUUCACAAUUGAUCGGAAACGAAAAAAUUGGAAAAGUUGUUAUUCUUCCGAGUACUUUUGCCGGAAGUCCAAGAUUUAUGCAACAGAGCUACCAAGAUGCAAUGGCAAUAGUAGCUAAAUUCGGAAGACCAUCAUUAUUCGUAACUUUAACCUGCAAUCCACAUUGGCGCGAAAUUACCGAUAAUUUAGGGAGUAGACUUUUGAACGCGCAAGAUAGACCGGCUUUGAUAGCGCGAGUUUUUGAUUUGAAGAGGAGAGCUUUUUUCGAGGACGUCCUUAUAAAUAAAAUUUUCGGAACAGCUUUAGCAUACGUGUAUGUGAUCGAGUUUCAAAAACGCGGAUUACCUCAUUUACACUGCUUGCUUACCUUGGCGGAUGAGGAUAAACUACGGGAACCCAACGAAGUAGACAAGCAUAUCUGUGCUGAGCUACCUCGCGAAAAUACUCGAUUGUACGAUAUCAUUUUGAAAUCAAUGAUCCAUGGACCUUGCGGCGAUCGUUUUCCAAAUUCACCCUGUAUGGAAGUUUGUUCCAAGCGCUAUCCUAAAUUAUUUUCGGAAAGAACAUUAAUAGAUCGAGGUACGCCGAUAUACAGAAGGAGGGAUGAUGGUCGUACUGCGACAUUGAUGAGAAAUAAUAUUUCAUACCAGGUGGAUAAUAGGGACGUAGUCCCGUACAAUCCCUACUUGAGUAUGAAGUAUGAAUGUCACAUUAAUAUUGAAGUGAUCACAUCAGUUGGAGCAGUCAAGUAUGUUUUCAAAUAUAUCAAUAAGAGACCAGAUGCCGCGGUUCUGCAAGUUAGGGACGAGUUCGUUUUUGAUGAAAUUAAAGCUUACAUCGAUUCGCGAUAUAUUUCUUCGGGGGAAGCAGCUUGGAGGCUCUUGGCUUUACGGAUUCAAGGUUCUGAGCCAGAAAACUUCGAGAGUAGCAGCGAUGAAUAUGAACCAGGAAGCGACGAUGAUGAUUCUUCUCAAGACGAAUCUCCGCAAGUGCCAGAGAAUGUCCCGAAUACAGCAACCAUUGAAGAGGAAAGAACCAAUGAAACAGAUUUUGAGGAGAAAUAUGAAAACCAGGUUUCUACUAACCUCAUUAUUUGGUCUGAUCCUGACGAAUCGUUUGAACCUCUAAGAAAUUGCGCAUUGUACAAAUGA